GAAGACAAUGUGAAUUAGACAAAAACGAAUGUGUAGAAUAUUCACCAUGUUUAAAUGGUGGGAACUGUACUAAUGUAAUGAACGGUUACACUUGCCGAUGCGCAGAUGGGUAUGAAGGUGAAAAUUGUCAAAUCGAUGUUAAUGAAUGCUCAAGCAACCCAUGUCAAAAUGGCGCGACUUGCAUUGAUGAUCUUUCGAAGUUUAUCUGCGUAUGUACACCAGAAUUUGAAGGAAUACAAUGUGAAUUAGACAAAAACGAAUGUGUAGAAUAUUCACCAUGUUUAAACGGUGGCAACUGUACAAACGUAGAGAACGGCUACACUUGCACAUGCGCAGAUGGGUAUGAAGGUGAAAAUUGUCAAAUCGAUGUCGAUGAAUGCUCAAGUAAUCCAUGUGUCCACGAUGGCAAAUGUGUUGAUCAAGUUGCAGGGUUCGUGUGUGUGUGUCGAGAAGGGUUUGAUGGCGACUUUUGCGAGGUUGAAAUAGACGAAUGCCAAAGUAACCCAUGUCAAAACAACGGGACCUGCGUUGACUUUGUUUCUAGUUAUAACUGCAAUUGUAAAGAGGGUUUCGAAG